AAGAAGAAGUGGUUGUUUUGACACGGAGGAACCGAGCAGAACUCCGGUUCCGUCUCCGGUACCGGCCGCCGAGCCCCGCAGCUCUCCCCUCUAUCCUCGGCCGUCAGCAGGAUGUUCGGGUGUCUGGUGGCCGGCAGGCUGGUCCAGACGGACGCGGUGCAGGUGGCUGCGGACAAGUUUGUGUUCCCGCUGGCGGACUACGAGCAGGUGAAGCACGUGGUGGUGUUCAUGCUGGGCACCGUGCCGUUCCCCGCCGGCGUGGGCGGCGCCGUGUACUUCUCCUUCCCGGACCCGGGCAGCGGGGCCGCCGUGUGGCAGCUGCUCGGCUUCAUCACCAACGACAAGCCCAGCGCCAUCUUCAAGAUCUCCGGGCUGGCGGCCGGCGAGGGCGGCGCGCACCCGUUCGGGGCGGCGGCCGCCGCGUCCCCGGGGGCCGCGGCCGUGGCGCAGCUCGGCGUGUCGGUGGAGUCCCUGGAGCAGCUGGCCCAGCAGAUGCCGGCGGCCGGCGCCGCCGUGGCCGCCGUGGACUCGUUCCUGCAGUUCACGCAGAAGAUGCUGGACAGUCUCUACAACUACGCGUCCUCCUUCGCCGUGGCGCAGGCGCAGAUGAGGCCCAACCCCACGGAGACCUUCAUCCCGUCCAGCUGCAUCCUCAAGUGGUACGAGAACUUCCAGAGGAGGCUGGCGCAGAACCCCAACUUCUGGAAGAGCUGAGCACGGCCACCCAUUAACUCUCCCACAGUGCCUGGAUGGUUCACAUGAGACAAGAGCAACUCACUCAGUCUCCCUGCAGCUCCCACAAAAACAUAUGUACAUCCACACCUGUCUGUGACUCAAUCUGUUGAUCUUCUGUGCAAACAUUCACACUAUCAAUCCCCCGUAGCUCAGACCUUUCAGAUCAAAUCCCAAGGAAGCAAAAAUCCACGCAUUUGUCUUGUUAGUCAAGAAGAACUGCAUGCAAAGUUUUGGCUUGCCCUUUUAUUUGCAAGAGCCUUAUAAUUUCAGUUUUAAUUGUAGACACGUCAGAUAAACAGCCCUAACAAUUCAGUCUGCUCAAUAAAGUCUGAAGAGAGGCUCUUAACUUGUAAGGUUUUUAGCCAUGUUUCAUCGUGUUUCUCAGAUUUCUGAUUAAAGUGGACUUUCUAGCUGAUUCUGGAGCAUUCUGCUUCUUCACCUCAGCAGAUAACAUGACUUUUUUGAUUAUUGAAUCUUUCUGGGUAGAUGAUCCAGCACAUCUGUUAAAAUUAAGAUUUGCUCUUACACUCUUGGCUAAAAAGAACAACCAACAAGGAGUUUGGUGUUCAUCCAAAUGCCAUCUGCAGAAAAUGUUGGAAUAAAAUGGGUGUUUUGGCUCUUUUCAUUAACAUAAUGCCAAGGUGGAGAGACAUAGGCAAAUACUUGUAGUUGUUGCUGCACAUCAAUCUAAAGGGGUCAUAAAACCAUUUAAGCACAUUUUGGAGUUCAGUGUUUCAGGGUGGACUGGACGUGCCAGCAAAUGUACCCCAUGGGUCACAAAAUAAAAACCUUUUACAUCUCAGCCCCCACAGACCUCAUGGAACAUGUUAAAUGUCAGAUUCUCCCUGUAGUACUAUAACUGAUGUUGAACACCAAACUGUCCCUUUUUUCUGUCAGCUGUGUGCUGAUUGAGUAAUAAACAUUCCUUCUUGAAUGGGACAUUUCAAAAAGAGAAAGAAAAUCUUUUCUUGUAAAUACAAAACAGAUUUGCAGAAGUAGCUACAAGUUCAAACACUCUAAUUUAGGUUGAAGUUUGCAGGGUUCUCUGACAUCACAGAUCCAGAUAGGCAGAAAUACCCAGCUUCCCCGUCUGUAUCUCCAUCCAGCUUCAUACCAUUCUGCAUCUCCUGCAGCUCUGAAGUGUUUAAUUCCAAUUUCCAAAGAGAAAAACCUAGAAUAAGAGGGCGGUGGGGUCUUGUGUCUAACCCCGUCCCCAAACCAUGUUUAGCCAAGGUUGAACAUGUCUCGGGUCUAUUGAUCAAAACCUGUUACAGACAUUGUACUGAGACUACGAGAAACUUUGUCACGCCUUGGGGAGUUUUUACCCCCAAAAGGUCUGAUAAUGUUUGAGAGUUUUGAUCUGCAUUUCACAUCUUCAAUUUUUAGUCUAAGAUGCUAUGGCCUUAGUGAUUUUUAUUGACACGAGGGUGGAAAGAGAGAAGAGACACAGCCCGGGACUCAGGCCAGGACUCAGACGGGGUUGACUGCACGAGGACCGUAGCUUCUGAACGAGAAGCCUGCUGAAUUGUUGCCUGCUCUCUCAGGGUUUUAGUUAAAAGCUUGAGGUCUUUAUUCUCUGAGGAAGACCAUAGGGAAAGUCUCCAGACUAAAAAGUAGUACGUAGAUCCUCAGGAACAAACUGCACCGUUUCACAUCACAAUCACAAUAAUUACUAAUUCACCACCCACUUCCUGUUUAUGAACCUGUUGAGAGCUCGAGUUCAGGAGGGAGGUGGACCUGGAAAUGGCAUCACCAAAUCUAAUCAAAUGAAUAUGGGAUUAUUAAGGAAUAUCUGGGGUUUUACAACUUUGUCUUUUGGGGUUCGGACUGUUUCUGUGAGUUUAUUUAAUUAAAAACUCCCAAAGCAAG